AUGCAGCCCAGGCUUCCUGUCUACAUCCUGAUUUCAAUGCCAGGCCUUCUGGUCCCGCCGCCCCCUCCUCUGGGUGACCCCAGCUGGUCUCUCGGUUUGCACCUGAACCGGGCCCUCCGCUCCGCUUCCAGCUCCGCCAACCCCGUGCUUCUGGCCUCCUCGCUCCGAGCGUUGGCCGGUGAUCGUGCUGGCACCAUUUCCAGCCAACUCCUAGACCUCCUCAAGACCCCGUCCCCAGCCAAGGACGGCGCCCGAGCCGCGGAGCUCCUUUCCGGGGCGUUGAAGUGCUCCACCCCGGCCAACAGAACCAGCUUUGUCCUGCACCUGAAGCAGCUCCACGGCCGGGUCCAGGCCGGGCUCGGGGGCGCUGGAGGCUGCUUCUUCAGUGUUGAAGUAAAGGCCUUGGCUGGAGCUCUGAUGCUGCUCAACGUCAACAUUCAUCUACUCCUCGGCCUUUGGUCUCAAACUGUCCCCACCGUGAUGCUAGAUGAUGCAGCUGACAGCCAGCUGGGUAUUGCCCUCAUAGACCCGGGCGUGGAGACCUUUCCUGUGGUGUCCCACGUGAAUUCAAACCCCAAUGUUCCCAUUUGCCGUUGGCCCGCGCCAGCUCUGUGGGAGGGAGAGUUCAGCGAGGAUGGCGCAGAACGCCGCACCUUUUUGUGGAAGAAAUACACCAAAGUGAAGACGAUGCGCCGAGUAGGUUUGUGCCGCCACUACAAGGGCAACACGGUGCAGCUUCUGGAGCAGCCUCUCUGUGAGUGCAAGGCCUGCGUGCUGCAGAACCUGGCGUGGUUGGAGAAGACCAAUGAGACCAGCGCGUCCAUCUCUCUGCCUGAGAUUCCCUCCCUCUCGUCUCGCCGCGUGCAUAAUUCAUCAGUGGAAAAGUUGCCCACUCUGGGCUUGACCAUCGCCUGGGAACAAAAGGUCGAGACAGACUUCUCUGGGGUGUCGGACCACAGCGAGCGGAAGCUCCAUUGGGCUUCCCUGCAGCUGGCCGCUCGGGCCGGGCGAGGAGGCGCAGAUCUGGAGGAGGAGAAUGACUCUAUACUCUCCUGAGCACUGAGCGUCACUGUGACGCUGAUCACCCCUUCGUCAUCUUA